GGUUUUGGCCCUUUUAUCUGUCUCCAUGGCAGUAUCCUAUCAUAGAACACUUAUUCACUAUGCCAUCUCUAAACUUCAGGACCAAUUUCCCAACAAUAAUAGGAUAUUCCAACAUGAUGGUGUCUCGUCUUUGUAUAGCCCGUAUCUUAAUUCUAUUGAGAAUCUUUGGUCUGAGAUUGAAGCAAAGCUUCAAAAACGUCGCCUAAGACCUGGCAACCUCAAUGAGCUCGAGAGGAUGAUUAAGGAAGAAUAG